AUGGUGUAUGCUAUAAUGAAAAUCAACGAGUCUGAUGAUCUUCUCCCUAAUAUAACACUGGGCUUCAAACUGUAUGAUUCUUGUUACAAUGAGGUUCGAUCAUUAUUGGGAGCUGAAUGGAUUUUAUCAGGGAAAAAAAAUAUUGUGCCUAGUUUUGAUUGCAAUACAGAUAUCAUGCCAUUGGCCAUUAUUGGUGAUAUGCCUUCUAAAGCCUCAGUACCUUUAGCCCGGAUCUUGGGUUUGUACAGAUAUCCACAGGUUAGCUAUGCUUCUGCUAUGCCUUUACUAAGUGAUAAAUUACAGUUCCCAUCCUUCCUCAGGACUAUCUAUAAUGCUAAUUAUGAAGUUUUUGCACUUGCUCAACUGGUGAAGCACUUUAACUGGACCUGGGUUGGUAUCAUUUCCUCAGACAGCGACUUGGGCAGGUCAGGCAAUCAGUUAUUAACACAAGAGAUAGAAAAUAAUGGUGGAUGCAUUGCAUUUCAUGAGACGCUAUCUAUAGUUAGCUCUAUGGAGUCUGUCUUCCAUAUUCUAGAUGUUGUCAAGAAAUCCAGAGCAACAGUGAUCAUUGUUUAUUGCACCAUAGAAAACCUUAUUGCAUUAAUGGAAGAGGCAUCUUUUCACAAUAUCACUGACAAAGUGUGGGUGGGCAGUACUAGCUGGACCAUAUCUUCAGAUUUCCCUAUAAAAGAAAUUCUAAUUACCUUAAAUGGAAGCCUUGCAAUAGCAGCUCAAAAUGGGAAAAUACCAGAAUUUAAGGAUUUUCUUUAUAGUAUCCAUCCUUCAAGAUUUCCAGAUGACCCUUUGAUAAAAACAUUUUGGGAGAAUGCUUUUCAAUGUGUUUGGCCCAGUUUGGACAUCUUCAACAAAACAUCUCCAGCCCUGCUUAAAGGAGAUAUUGUUUGGUGCACAGGAAAGGAGAGACUGGACAGUAUUGAUCCCAACAUAUAUGAUGUCUACAACUUUAAGUUCACAUACAAAGUGCAUAAUGCUGUUCUUGCAGUAGCUCAUGCUUUGCAUCAAAUGAAGAACUGUGUUCCAGGGAAGGGGCCAUUCAAGAAUGGAUCUUGUGCUGAUAUUUAUAACCAUCGCCCUUGGCAGCUGCUUCAUUACAUAAAACAUGUUGACUUCAACAACACCGCAGGAGAGAAAAUAUUUUUUGAUGCAAAUGGGGAUGUUCCUCUCUCUGUGGAUAUCUUAAACUGGCAGCUGUUCCCUAAUGGAAGCAACCAGUAUGUCUAUGUUGGCAGCUUUGAUGCCGGAGCUCCAAAGGGCCAGGAAAUCAAGAUACAACACAGCAAGAUUUUAUGGAACAGUGGACAAAGUCAAAUGCCAGUCUCAGUCUGCAGCGACCCUUGCCCAAGAGGCUACAGAAGAGCUGCACUUCAAGGAGAAAAGAUUUGCUGUUUUGAUUGCCUGCCAUGCUCUGAAGGAGAAAUUCUUAAUCCACAUGAUGACAGUGAGUGCGUGAAGUGUUCAGCAGACAAAUGGCCUGACAUCAUGAAAGAAAAAUGCCUUCCAAAACCAAUUCAGUUCCUUUCCUAUGACGAGAUGUUGGGUUCAUUUCUUGCCUGCAUUUCAGUCUUGUUUUGUCUGUUUACAUUUUCAGUGUUUUGCCUGUUCGUAGUUAAGCGAAAGACUCCCAUAGUAAAGGCAAAUAAUAGAGAGCUCAGUUACCUACUUCUCAUUGCCCUCAUGUUUGCCUUCCUGUGUUCCUUGGCAUUCAUUGGUAGACCCAACCUGAUAAUGUGUAUGAUACGCCAGGUCAUGUUUGCAGUUAUAUUUUCAGUUUGCAUUUCUGUCAUACUAGCAAAGACUAUUACUGUCAUAAUGAUAUUUAGUGCUACAAACCCAGACAGUAAACUGAAAAAAUUGGUGGGCUUGAGAAUACCAGUUUAUAUUGUCCCUGUAUGCACUAUGGUUCAGAUAAUUCUCUGCAUUUUUUGGUUGACCAGGGCAGCCCCAUUUGCAGAAUUCAAUAUGGCAGCAGAAAUAGGAAAAAUAGUUAUUGAGUGCAAUGAAGGCUCUAAGGUGUUAUUUUCAUGUGUCUUGGGGUAUAUGGGGUUGUUAGCUGCUAUUAGUCUUCUAGUUGCUUUUCUGGCAAGGAAGCUCCCUGACACAUUUAAUGAGACCAAGUUCAUUACAUUCAGUAUGUUGGUAUUUGCUAGUGUUUGGGUGACAUUUAUACCUGCUUAUCUCAGUACUAAGGGUAAACAGACAGUGGCAGUAGAAAUUUUUGCUAUUUUAUCAUCAAGUGCUGGCCUUCUUGUUUGCAUUUUUUUCCCAAAAUGUUAUGUAAUAUUACUGCACCCAGAAAUGAACAGCAAAGAGUAUAUCACUGGAAGGAACACUAGGAAUAGAGGGAUGUGAUUAUUAUUAUGGAUCUCUAAAUUCACUAACUCAAAAAUGCAGCUUUAUUUGUUUCAAAUAAAAAAAGAUUGUCUUCUCCUUCAUGUGUUUGAAAAUGGGAAUAAAAAAUGAGAAAGGAAUGAAAUAAUAUAAGU